GCAAUCCUCAGUCUACUUCGUCGAUUUGCGGUUUAUAAAGAAGCUGCUUCUUCGUUAAAGAUGUUCAUUAAACAGACGGUGCUGUGUCUUUUAUUGUUCACACUGGCGUCUUCUAAAUCAGUUCAAGAUGCUGGAUUGGACGUGAUCGGCAUUGAUAUACCACCUACAUUAAUUCAGACGUUCGAUAGGCCUAGCGAGCCAGUGCUGGAAGAUGUAACAGAGGAACCAGAGCUCACCAAAAAAAAACGAACCGUCUACAACGGAACGGUCAACUGGGGCUACAACGUUCCCUAUAUCAUCGACUCUUCUUUUACUGCCAUCGGUGCCUACUACACGACGCUUUUGAAACGUGCCAUACAGGUGAUCUCGGAAAAUGUCUGUCUGACCUUUAUUGAUGAAACUAGCAGGUGGGAUUCAAGUGACACGCAAUGGUUCACCAAAAACGGUUAUUCGUCGAACGAUUACAUUUUUGUCGCAUAUGAUGCAUCAGGGUGUUAUGUUUCUGGUGGUAAUUUGAAUGGAAACCGACGGGUAUACGUCUCACCGUGCCAGGAUUUCGUGAUCAACACCCACGAGUGGAUGCACGCGGUGGGUGUUGCACAUAUGCAAGAAGGCUACCUCCGAGAGAACUACAUUACAAUAAACAAAGACGACAUCCAAGAAAGUCUUCUGGGCACCUAUUCAGUUACUAAUAGAUCACCGAAUUUUCAAAACUAUUUCUUUGAUCCGUCUUCUGCUGUGAUGUACGGACGUACGACUUGGAACAGGAACGGCAACGAAGCGUACACGCCAAUCAGAGACGACCUGUUCAACACCGUCACCACUAAGUCAGGCGACAAGGUCAUCUAUCUGGAACUCAAUGAAGUCUUCAAAUGUGCCGAAAAAUUCUGUGGCGGAAACAAUGUCGACUGCGCACCCGGAUAUUACACUUACGUGAAAGGCGUCUGCCGAUGUGUGUGCCCGGAUGAAUACGACAUCUCUACAAACUGCAAGACACUGAAAAAUGGGCCAUCGCCCAUCGCUAAGUGGCCGAACACACCAAUAGUUGUUUUUGCGGGUGGGGCCUCGCACAGCUGCCCAACAGGAUUCGAUCCCACACCUGGCUGGUUCUCCUUCACUGGGUCCUACGCUAUAAGCCAGACCCCAGGGGCUCCUGUCCAGUACCCCGUAUCUGGAACCACCAACUACUUUCCCAUCUGCACCAGAAACUUACCUGCAGGAACCACACCUGACUGGGAGUCCUGGCCAGCCGGAGGUCAAUACUGUUUCAUUAAACCUGCAGGUGUAAACUGUGGGGGAGCGUUCACCGAAGCGGGAGGGUACGGAUUGUCGUACAGCAGUAUUUCCUACAACGGCUCGCUCGGUGAUAUAACAAUCUCCUCAAACAACAUAACCAUCAAAGCCUGCUGCAGGUACCAGGAGUUUUCAGACAUGAUCAUUGAUCUACCAGACGGCGAGCCCUUCAGACUUUUAACCCGAGCUAAGUGUCCAGUCAUCAGAGGUUUAAAAGCGUACAACAGCAGAAUCAACUUCUGGACUACCACCAACGAUGCAUUUGGACCCGCCCCUUCACCAUUCUGGCCAUUCUCCAACACCUGGACCACCUACUCCUGCUACUACCAGCCUGGUAUCUAUGGUUGUAAUGAGCUGGUGAAUCUUGAUGCUAACAAUCGUUCUGUGACCAUAAGGACUCCGUAUCUAUCCAAUCAAGCCAGGGAACCCUUCAGGAGAUGUUUCUAUGUUUUCAAUGCACCAAAGAAUUCGCAGAUUUUGAUAACCUUCAACAGAUUUAGUUUACCAACGGUCAAUGAUGAGUUUCUGGUGAAGCGCUACCAUCCCUGGCAAUUGGCUUACAAAAUCGAUGUUUCUCUGCCUCCAGCACAGAUACUCAGUGAGUUGAAUUACUUUUCCGCCGAAGCUUUCUUCGGUUACAACAUUGUAACGAACUAUGGCGUCAACUUUACAGCUACGGUUAUACUACCUGAAGACUACUGCUAUGAUUCUUCAAUAAAUGGCGCAGACUACCGAGGAAAAACUGCCAUUUCUGAAACAUACGAGCCCUGUAUAGAGUGGUCAAAAGCUGUCAACUGCUCAAACUUUCCCAAGUAA